UCGGCACAGGAUGGGACAUUGGUGGAGUUAAUAGCCGCUACAGCUAUGCUGUGCGAUCGCAUGAAGACAACUCUAAAAUUGCCAAAUUCAUGGCCAGUAAAUCACAGAUGCACAAUUCUAACAGCCGAGUUGCGUAUUAAUGCAUCCAUAAUUACUGAGGAGCUCAAAGCCUCUAUUAUUAAAUUUCAGCGUUUGUUAGGAAAAUAUAUUAACUCAUUUCCUCUUCAGUAUGGACUCUAUCUUCAUGAACUUGGACAUGUCCUUGGCUUGCUGCACGAGCAGAAUAGAGCAGAUAGGGACAGUCUCCUGAAUGUUCAUUUGGAAAAUGUCCCGGAAUCCCUUUGGUCUGCGUACAAAAAGUGGGAUCAGGCUGAAAUAAAAACCUACGGCACACCAUACGAUCUUCAGUCAGUUAUGCAGUAUGGACCUAAGGUACGUUCAAACAGCCCCAACAAUACGCAUAUUCACUGGAUUGCCCGGAUACACUUUUAA